CACACUAUUGGGUUCAAAUCGGCCUAUACUAUCACAAACUGAAGCCCGGUAUCCAUCACAAGAUGACCCUGUAAAACCCUAAUUUUGUUUGAAAUUAAAGACUGGCAAAUCACAAUUGCUUCUUUACAGCGGCAGCUUCAAUCCUUGAGUCCUACAUUUCAAUCACAGGUAACUUUUGUUUCUUCAAUUUCAGAUUUUACAUGCUAAGGAAACAACAUCUCCUCGAUUAUGAAUUCUGGUAUUUGCAAAACCCUUGUGUCUCUUUUCUUCAACCACUCUUCACACAUCCACAAACCACCAAUCGAAUGCUCUUCCCUCUCGCUCUCGUUCCUCUCUUCUUAUUCUUCUUCUUCACGGCCCGAAGAUGUAAAAAUCAAAGUUCCUUUAGCUGAUUACUCGAUCAAUCGGCACAACUUUUCCCCUGCUGCUGCUUUAAAAGCCUCAUCAGUUAAAAAGGAUUUGAAAAAACCUGAAAACUCGGAUUCAGUACUGUCAUUUCUCAAAGAAAGUGGUUUCAGUGAUUCCCAUCUUCAGAAAAUGGUCAAGAGAGUGCCUAACGUACUCUCUGCUAGUAUUUUUGAUACAGUUAAACCCAAAAUCAAGGUUUUUCAAGAUUUAGGUUUUUCAUCAACUGACAUUGCUGAUGUAAUAGCUUCUGAUCCCUGGAUUUUGCACAGAAGUGUAGAUAGAAUUGUACCGUCGAUUUUGUUGUUGAGGAGCGUUUUAGGAUCAAAUGCAAAUGUUACUAAGCUGUUGAAGACGCUUAGCUGGUUUCUGAAAUGUGAUUUGGAGAAGUCUAUGAUACCUAAUAUAGAAUUUUUGAAGAGUUGUGGUGUUAGUUCUACACAAAUUGUUACAUAUGUGUUUCAUUUCCCUAGACUUUUUCUCCAUAAACCUGAUAGUUUUAAGGACUUUGUUAAAAGAGUUGAUGAGAUUGGAUUUGAUAGGAAAUCGAAGAUGUUUCUUUCUGCUAUUCGGACGAUAAGUUCGAUGAGUAAGGAGAAUUGGGAACUUAAGUUGAAGUGCUUCAGGAGCUUAGGAUUUAAAGAAGAUGAUAUUGUUUCUGUAUUUAGGAGGUCGCCUCAGGCCUUUGCCAUAUCUGAGAGGAAGAUUAGAGAAACAACAGAGCUGAUUCUUAGUAGAGGAAACAUGGAUAUAUCUGUUAUUAUUAAGUACCCAUGGCUGCUCACUAUCAGUAUUGAGGGACGGCUAAAACCUCGGCUAAGGGUUUUUGACAUUCUGAAUAGUAAGAAUUUGCUUAGUAGGACAAUCAAAUUUACUUCAGUUUGUAAGAUUUCUGAGAAGAUGUUCCUAGACAAGUAUGUGCUUCCCCAUUCUGAUGAACUUGGGGAAUUAUCUUCCCCUCUAAUGAGAACUCAUUGUCAAUAAAAUUAUGAAUUUUUUGUUGAAAUUUCUUAGAUAUGAAGAUUGAAUUCAUAUUGAAACUCGAUGUUUUGAUGAUUCUAUUAUCGAUAGUGAGACUGAAAUUGACAGCCAGAGUUCAUGUUCAUAGGUGGGUACUAACACUAUUUUUGUUCUAAAGUUCACAAUUUUUCUAGUCUCUUUUCUUAAUUUGCUUGAAAAACAAGGACACAAACUUUGGCUUGUCUGUUUGUUAUUGAUGAAGCCAUAAUGGCUGUUGAAGGAGUGCUAAGCUUUCUCAUUAUUGUAAUUAACUAAUAAGGGGACUUAUAAUACAAUGUCAUCCUAUAUCUAUAUUUCCACACGGA